AUGUUUCGUCGCAACCCCUUCACAAAACUCACAUCGUCUCCCUCUUCAUCCUCCAGGGGAAGCCGCACCCCAGUCUCACCAUUUGCCAAUGACCUUCCAAUACCCGAGAACGAGGUUGCGGCAAGUACACCGAUCCCCGAACGUCCGCCGCUAUAUACAUCCGAUUCGUGGAACGAUCCACCAAUGUCGUGGACUAGCCAGGCUGCCGCGUAUGAUGUGAAUCCGAGGUAUACAACGGCCAACCAGUCGUAUACUCACAGGAGGAGAAAGAGUAGUGUGAUUAAACACUUGGUGAUGGGUGGUGAUGAGGGCGCGCGGUAUCAGCCGGCGUAUCAGGAUUGGCGUGAUGGUGUUAGAACGCCGGAGAGUGAUAGUGAGAAGUGGGAUAUGAGACAUGCCGGAUUAUCGACGGAGCGAAGUAGAGGCGCAGUUGUAAAGGUGUUGGCUAGUUUCCUGCUUGUUAUCAGCAUUGUUCUAGGUGGACUGUGGGUAUACGGUGGUGAGAUGCCACUCGUCGCGACACCAGAUACGAGAGUGGUGUCUGAGUCGAUAUCAAAGAUGAGGAUGAAUGCAGCAGAUGCAUGGAAGAGUGCCACGAGCAAUAUCAAUAUUACAAUGGUUGGGGACAAUGUGGCUUGGCACACCUCAAAGAUUCAGGAAAAGAUCAAGGGAGCUUGGAGUCUGAACCAGGACGUACACAGUGGAUUGGAAAGAGUGAAAAGAUGGAUCACUGUGUCGACCGCUCUCCGACCAAGCAACGAUCCAAGAGGAGACGAACGCUCGAGUCCAGUCACGGUCACAGUGACCAGUACAUCUGGAGGUAGUGUUAAUCCUGAUUUGACAAAGUUCAUGCCUGAGACGCUUGCGACCAUGAUCAAAAGCGCUAGAGCUACUCAAACGAAGGCAAGCAAUUCAGGGCCUGCAGUGAGCCUGAUAACGCCAACCAGCACCCAGGAGAAAGAGAGUUCCGCAACCGUCCUUGGAACGCCGGUCCAAGUCAAGGAAGUACCGAGCGAUGGAAUCGACAAUGUGAUCCCUGAGCCGCUGAACAUUGUCGAGGAAAAGGACGAUGAGAACGAAAAGAGACCAGCUCAACACGGUCGAACUGGUGAGAUGUGGCGGAAGCAUGCUGAUCCGGGUACUGGAGAUAGCGAGAUUGACGAGCAAUUGCAGUCGUUUGCAGGGACAUUAGCUGACGGAGUUUCACCCGCUACUGAGACUUGA